UAUAGAGAUCAAUUAUCGCAAACGAAAUGGAUAAAGAACAACAGCCACAAACAUCACCUCAUGUACUAAUCUUCCCUCUCCCGGCACAAGGCCAUGUCAACUCCAUGCUCAAGCUCGCUGAGCUAUUAGUACUAGCAGGCCUCAAGCUCACCUUUCUAAACUCCGAUUUCGUCCAUGAACAACUUCUUCGUCACACCGAUGUUCUUUCCCGAUUCGUCAAAUAUGAAGGAUUCGAAUUCCGGACUAUACCGGAUGGCCUCCCUGACGAGCAUCCUCGAGCAGGUCAUGGUAUCAUGGAAAUCUUUGAAACUUUGGAAUCGAUAACCAAACCAAUUUUCAAGGAGAUGAUGAUUAAGAUUAAGCCGAGAGUGGAUUGCAUAAUAGCAGAUGGGGUUAUGGAGAUUGCAGUUGAUGUUGCUGAGGAGCUUGGAAUUCCAGUCAUUCAAUUCCGUACCAUAAGUGCUUGCUGUAUCUGGGCUUAUUCUGUAGUUCCUGAUAUGAUCCAAGCCGGGGAGCUUCCAAUCAAAGGAGAAGAAGAUAUGGAUCGCCUAAUAAAAUCUGUUCCGGGCAUGGAAACAUUUCUUAGAUGUCGAGAUCUCCCAAGUUUUUGUCGAGUAAGUGACAUAAAUGAUUUAACUCUCCAACGUAUUGCCAAGUGCUCGAGAAAAAAUUUCAAAGGCCAUGGACUGUUAUUGAACACUUUUGAAGACCUGGAAGGUGAUAUAUUAUCCCAUAUGCGAACCAAAUCUCCCAAAAUCUAUACUGUCGGACCUCUUCAUCUACACUUAAGGACCAGACUUUUCGACUCAAAUCCAACGUUACUCAAUCAAUCCUCGAAUAGUUUUCAUGAAGUAGAUAGAAGUUGCUUGUCAUGGCUUGAUAAGCAACCAAAGGGAUCUGUUGUUUAUGUAAGUUUUGGUAGCAUUGCAGUUUUGUCAAGUGAGCAGAUUUUCGAGUUAUGGUUCGGACUUGUCAAUAGUGGAAAGCGGUUUUUAUGGGUUCUAAGGCCCGAUAACAUGCCCGAAAAAGGCGAUAAAGGGAUUAGUAUACCAAUAGAGCUUGUAGAAGGGACUAAACAAAGAGGGUGCAUGGUGAGUUGGGCACCACAAGAAGAGGUCUUAGGUCAUGGAGGAGUUGGUGGAUUUUUGACCCACAGUGGAUGGAAUUCAACUUUGGAGAGCGUGGUGGAAGGGGUUCCCAUGAUCUGUUGGCCUUACUUUGCUGAUCAACAAAUAAGUAGAUUUGUGAGUGAAGUGUGGGGAUUAGGUUUAGAUAUGAAGGAUUGUGAUAGGCAAAUUGUUGAGAAGAUGGUGAAUGUGAUGGUGGAAAAGAGGGAGGAAUUAGUGAAAUCAGCAUCUAGAAUGGCUAAGUUGGCAAAGAAAUGCGUAAAUGUGGUGGAUUCGUAUUGUAAUUUAGAUCGUCUAGUUGAGGACAUAAAAUCGAUGAAUAUCAGUUGAAGAUGUGGGGAUUGAGGUGUGGAUAGUCUUGAUCUAUAGUGUUAGUAUUAAGCCUUGGGUCGACUCCUUAGAAGUUGGCAAUUAGGGACGUAGUAAGUUAAUCUAAGUGAGAUAUGCUUUUACUUUGAGCAAUGUUCUUUUAUCAUGGUUUUCCAUUGGAUAUGUUGGAGGCUUUUAGGUGUCGUCUAAAGCUUUUGAUAUAGGGCUCCAGGCUUGCUGGGGAAUUAAUUUGGUUGUGGUGUAGUAAAUUUGGUGUUUUUUUUUUGUCACAUUGGUUAUCUUCUUGGUUGGCUAUCUUUUUGUAGGUGUAUUAAUAUUUUUCGUGGGUGUUGCUUGGUGUGGGGAUUAUUUCGCUCAUGUAUUCGAUCAGAUUAUGGAGUUCUUGGUGUAGUUUGUAUUGGUUAUGGUCUUUGGUAUGGGUUUGGUGUUAUGCUAAAUUUACUUUGGAAUCGAGGGUAUCCUCUGGUUUCGGUAAUGUUGCAUGUGAAGGUUGUUGGUGUGGUUUCAUAGUCUGUUGUUGUCAUUGUUUGACUUUGGACGGUUUUUGGUGGUUUGAGUAUUUUUAUGUUGUUGGUUGGAGAUCGUCUGUGCUAUUUGAAUGGCAGUGGAAAGUUUUUGUCUAA